AUGGAACUCGUUGGCUCUGCAGCAAGCGUUAGCCAGCUUCUGGUUUACUUAUCCUCAUCAGUUAAUGGCCUCAAGAGACUUUAUGCUGAGAUUGCUAGUUGCAAUUCGACUUACCGUGACGAAGCAACGAAUAUUCAGCUAUUACUUCACACUCUUCAACGCUUCGGUCAUCAACAAGUUGUCGACGACCACAGCCUCGUCCUCCCUAUUCUGAUAUCCAUAUCCGGUAUCGCAUGCCAGGCGCUACAACUCCUUAAACCAAAGCGAAUAUUUGGUAUCAACUGGGCACCAGUCACAUCAAAAGAUAAGAUCAUCUCAGCGUUCGAGACGCUUGACAAGAAGAGGAAAUUACUUCAUUUAUACAUCUCCCAAGAACAUCACAAAGCCCUCUUGGAUCUUCGACAGAUGGUUGAAUCAUCUUGUAAGAAGCCUUGUGCGGCAACGCCUUUCACAUUGAGACGUACCAAAAUCUCCGGCCAUAACUCGAUGUUCAACGGUCACGCGCAAGCCAACAUGACUGCCAUAGCCGAAGACCACGAAUCAACAGGGCAGGAAUUCAUGGCAAACGCGAGUGACGAAGCCGAAAGAACGUUUUGGCAAUCUGGCCGUCACAAUAUAGGCCAUCCAAACCCAGACUAUACCCACAUGCCGGCUAGGGCAGUUGUGCCGGCGUCAAGCUAG